AAUCCUGUAUUUAUUAUAGGAUAUAUUAUAAAAGAAAACUAAGUUAUAGCCUAUAAGUAAUUUGUAUUAAGAAUUUAAAUGAAAUAUUUACUACAGAAUUAUACGGUAUCGUAUCUAAAAUCGUUAGGAGUCGAUUUGAAGAAGAUUGUUAUCAUUGUAUCAUCGACGUCACAAACUUGGACUUUAGAUGAUUCGUCAGAUACGUCUGUCGGUGCUAAAGCUACAAAACCUGGAAAUAAAGGAUCCUAUACUCUACAUCCAGGAAUUUUAUCAUAUUACGAAACUUGUAAAUUGUUAAUGCAAGAUGGAUGGACAAUUAAAUACGACCCCGAAGCUAAAGUGCCGUAUGCUUAUCGUGGAGAUCAGUGGAUCGGAUAUGACGACGUCAAGAGUGUUUCCGAAAAGGUUAAAUACGUUAAAAAUAGUGGAUUAGCGGGCCUUGGUCUAAAUUCUCUCGAUCACGACGACUUUCGAGAUUUAUGUGACAAUGACAUUUAUCCUCUUUUAACGGCAAUUAACGACGUUCUCAAAUAAAUUUUUUAUUCUCAUUUACUCGCUUUAAUGACGAUUAACGAACGUAUAAACUUUGACAUUAAAAUAAUAAUUAUGAAAAAUAAAAUAAUCCUCUUAUUUUUUUUUUUCAUAUACUUUAACACACAUGUUCCUGCUUUUAAUGGCAAUUAAUGACGUUCUUUACCGAAUUUUUUUUUUUAAAUUUAUAUUUUAAUGACAAUUAACUAUGUUUUGGAGUGACUUUUUUUUAAUCGCUUUAAUGACAAUUAACGAUAUUCUCCAACGAAUUUCUUCACGUAAAUACUUUAAAAUUCGAUUUUUAAUUUUAUAACUUGGGAAAUAAAAUUAAAUCUUUGAAACAAUUCUCUUAUUUUUCAUAUACUUUGACACACAAACACACACACACAUACAUUUUUUUUUUCCUAUAAUUUAAUCCGUAUCAAGCGGAAUUUGAUAUCGAAUAGCAGAUGAUACUGUCAAUCACAAUAAUCGAUCGCAUUUUUCUAACAUUCUUAAG